AUGGUUCCUAAAGAUUUCUUCAUAGGCCCUUCAACCCUGAGUUACAUUCUGGAUGCCGUGCUCCAUGAGGCAGACGUAUUUGUACGCUCUACCUCGCGUGACUGGCUAGCAACCAUUAUUCCUGGAACCAUUUUUUCCCUCGGUUCCCUGCCAUAUUUGCCUUUCGGAGAGAUCAUCUUCAAUUCAGCCAUAACCGUUCUAUAUAUAACGAUUUACAUAUACUUCUUUAACACAUGGACACAAUAUACGAGCGUCGAUGAAGAUCGAAUCAACAAGCCAGAGCGGCCUAUCCCAGCCGGCAUUACUACUUCAGCUGGCGCUAAACGCCGUGGGAUGGUUCUGGCUGCACUCUGGUUUAGUUUUGCAAUUUACCGCCCCGACUUGAUUGUAGGAACUUGGAUCCUAGUCGUCGCCACAAUCACCCUGGGAAGGAACGGCCUUGGGCGGCAUUGGUUUGUCAAAAAUACUAUCUGCAUGUCGGUCAUGACGUGGGCGUUGUUCUCCUCACCACGGAAGCUCAUGGGUGCUUCUAUAUCUAAUACCUCUAAUCACGUAUGGGCUCUGGCGGUUUGGGCGGGGUUUGUCCUCUACGCCCAGGAUUUCCGAGAUGUGGAUGGCGAUAAGCAGACUGGGAGCUGGACACUUCCAAUGGCUUUUGGUGAUGGUAGCGCUAGACUCCUAUUUGCCUUUGUCUGUAUGCCACUGGGUUACAUGUCCUUGUGGUAUAAUGGCAUGGCUCAAUUAGCACCCUGGACUCUGGCUGGGCUGCAUGUGCUUGUCUCGUACCGGUUUAUGACCAUGCGGCACAAGCCAGCAGAUCGUGCUUCUUACUCGGUGGGUUCGCCUUUUCGGUUAAGUGUAACUACGGGCAUCAUUAAUAAUUCUGUCUGA